AUGGCCUCGAAGUGGUGGCAAGCACCCACUGAUGCCGACCUCGACUAUGGGUAUGAUUCUGACGAGCUUGACACCAGACCCGAUCCUGAUCGCAACACUCACCCCCACGAUACGAACGAGAAAAAAGACACAAAAGAACCAGAGAAGAGGGGGUUAAUCGGCACCAUGUCUUCCUGGCUCCAGCGCCAGGCUGGAUCGUCCCAUGGCCAGCUUGCGACCACGGCUGUUUUGUCCGGCGCAGCUGUUGCGGGUGCUAUCUUCGGCUACCAGUCGUACAGGCGGAAAGAAGCAGUGUCUGAUCUGAAAGCUUCGAUCCCAAACAUCGACGAAUCCCAUCCGGCUGGGAAGCUCACCGAGUACGGUGCCGCUGAAAGCCCAGUCCAGCUCAGCAAAGAGGAUGAGCGCAGUGCAGCUUUGGCUCGCAGAGCGCAGCGGGGUGACUAUGACGAUGACCUGAUUCUUGAACAACUUGCUCGGAACCGUGUUUUCCUCGGCGACGAAGGUCUCGCCAAGCUUCGAUCCUCAUUCAUUGUUGUCGUGGGUUGCGGUGGAGUCGGCUCGCACGCCGCGGCCUCCCUGGCCCGCUCUGGCGUCUCCAAGAUCCGACUCAUCGAUUUCGACCAAGUCACUCUUUCGUCGCUAAACCGUCAUGCUCUCGCAACGCUGGCCGAUGUCGGAACCUCGAAGGUCCAUUGCAUUCGGAGGCGACUGGAACAAAUUGCACCCUGGGUUACGUUUGAUUGCCGGAAUGAGCUUUAUGGAAAAAGCGCUUCCGAGGAUCUUCUCGGCCCAUGGUCACUGACACACGACGGGGAAGGCCGUCGACCUGAUUUUGUGCUGGAUUGCAUCGAUAACAUCGGUUCCAAGGUGGAACUGUUGGAAUACUGCCACGCCAACUCUUUGCCUGUCAUUGCAUCCAUGGGUGCCGGGUGCAAAUCGGACCCCACUCGCGUUGUGGUCGGUGAUAUUUCACUCACUACGGAUGACCCUCUCUCUCGAAGCACCCGCCGAAAGCUGAAGCUGAAAGGAAUCAGCUCCGGCAUUGCAGCGGUGUUUUCGACUGAGAAGCCCGGACCGGGCAAGGCAAGCCUACUUCCUCUGCCCGAGGAUGAAUUUAACAAGGGCCAGGUUGGCGAACUGAGUGUUCUUCCGGACUUCCGCUCUCGCAUUCUCCCCGUUCUGGGAACUAUGCCUGCAGUGUUUGGUUACACCGUCGCCAACCAUGUCAUUUGCACUAUUACCGGAUAUCCUCUUGACUAUAACAUGGGUGCGAAGGGCCGCGAGAAGCUCUACGAUAGCAUCUUGGGUAGCUUGUUGGCCUUGCAAGAGCGGAUGAUCAAGCAAACAACUGGCCAAGACACUGUUGGCCUUCGACCCCCUCUAAGCAAGGAUGAUGUUGCCUUCACUGUGGAAGAAGUCUUCCGCGGAAAGAGUGUGAUCAGUGGUCUUGCUAACAGGCUGGCUCUCGUGCCUUGGCAGGUCCCCGCGAAGGGAUGGGAACUGGACCUGACCUUUGCACAGGAGGGCCAAAAGAGCACGCCCAUGGAUAUCAACGAAAUGGUUUGCAUGACCAAGGAGGAGGCCAUCCGUCAUGAGAAUGAGGUGCUGAAGGGAGGCAAAAAGGUGGAAGAAGUCUACGAUGAAGCCGUCCUCCAGCGCGUUGACCUGCGGAAAAAGGAGGCUUUGGAGUACGACCAAUACCGUGGAUAG